UUGGUCCUUUCCUCUGGUUUUCUAAACUCCUCAGCUGUGGCUGAGACUGAGGUGUCAGGGGCUGGGAGACAGGCUGGGUGCAUUUUUGAAAUGCAUGUCAUUUUUGGGUUGCGUUUGAACAAGCUUUACCGAUUGCAGUAUGUCUGCGCUACCAGUUCUAAGACCUGAGAUUAUUCCUUUGUUUCCAGGAAAACAUCAGAAACCCCGUUUUGCCGUUGUUUGCACAAUUGGUUAGGGAGCCGAAUUCUGAGUAUGUUUCACAGGCUGUAAGAUUCAGGCUACUAAAGCAACGGGUUCCUCCAGGGAGCCUGAAAAGUAUGUUCGGGUUUGCCCCUGUGCUGGCUUACUGGGGAAGGCAGGCACAGAUGGGACUCUAGCUGGGCUCUGUACCUGCCUCCCACCCUGCAUACCCUCUGUGCCGUAAAAGACCUUCCAAGUGGGGUUUCCAAGCAAGUCUGACACCUUCCAUACCCUGGCUUCUGUGUUGGUGGGGGAAGCAGGGAGAGGAAGAGAAGGAGGGGAGUUGGUACCUAGUUGUGAUGGUUGAGAUUUUCAUUUCCAGCCAAGAGGUUCCUCUCAACACUCUGACAGACAGUGGGGCAGUCUGGGCUCCUAGGAGCCGGCUCUGAUUCCCAGCCUCCUCCAGCAGCAGCCAAACUUUGAGAUGUCAGCUCAGGGAGAAGAGGGUGACUGAACAGGGAGGGCAGCAGGCAAGGUCCCCCACUGGGUUUCCCUGCCCAUGUUGUGCUGAGUCAGCAGCAAGAGGGACAGUUAAAAUCUACAAGAGGGCAGAUGCUAGUCAGUCGGGAAUCCCACACAGCCAGGGGCACACGCGUAUGAGGAGACUUAUGGAGAGACAGGAGCUCCGCAGUCCUCUUCCCUUGUCCCCAGGCCACUGCUCUGCGGCUCUCAAGUGGCAUUUUUUCGACACUUUCUAAGCAAGCAUGAAACUGUAACAAAGAGGUGAAAACCCACAAUAGACUGACAGAGAAAAGGGAUCCAGUCCUCUAAGAUAGAAUAUUUCUUGCCUGGCUUGAUACUCUGAGGUUUCUAAGAUAUAGCCACCUACAAUGUUUAAAGAUACGUUUUGACAGAGGCUACCAAAAAGAGAGUGAGUCUGGUCAAGGUUGGGAAAUAAGCGUUGGUUCCGAUGAUGGUCCGCAUGUACCCUUCAUGGCUGGGAAAGUUUGGGGGUCCUGGUGGUGAUCGGCAGGGGUCUCUGCUGUACUCCUCCCCACCCCUAAGUGGGCCAGGCUGUGCUGUGGAAGGAUUAAUUUUUGACAGCACAGUUGAAGGAUAAUCUUGGAAAGACCAGUCUUUGGGAGAAAUAAGUAAAUAAAAUUUUCCUGAAAUGCUUGAUUUCCACUCCCUGGCCACUACCUGGUUUCUUGCUUUUGUGAGCUGGCCUUUCGUGUUGUUGGGGAUACAUGUUUGUGACAUGCGGAAGUGUCAGGGGUUCGUCUCUGUUUCUCAGGUGUCGUGGUACUCUCAUCCCUAGUCCAGUGCCUGCCAUUGGGCAGCAGCCCAGCAUUGCUCGGGAGUGCAGACAGACCUGUCCUACCCCAUCUCCCAGAGCACAAAACCGACUUGCCUCUGUUAAACCGGGAGCCUCUUCUAGUCAAAGUUCCUCAGGUCCCAUAGGUCCACAGACGGAAGCUGGGUUACCUGACUCUCCUUUCUGGGUCCAGGUGAGCCUUCAGGAGAGGAUGGCCCAUGUGGGGGACUACACACAGACACCCUGGCUCCCUGUCCUGGUGGUGUCUCUGAUGUGCUCGGCGCGAGCAGAAUACUCAAACUGCGGCGAGAACGAGUACUACAACCAGACUACGGGGCUGUGCCAGGAGUGCCCCCUGUGUGGGCCGGGGGAGGAGCCCUACCUGUCCUGUGGCUAUGGCGCCAAAGAUGAGGACUACGGCUGCGUCCCCUGCCCAGCAGAGAAGUUUUCCAAAGGAGGCUACCAGAUAUGCAGGCGCCACAAAGACUGUGAGGGCUUCUUCCGGGCCACUGUGCUGACACCGGGGGACAUGGAAAACGACGCUGAGUGUGGCCCUUGUCUCCCUGGCUACUACAUGCUGGAGAACAGACCCAGGAACAUCUACGGCAUGGUCUGCUACUCCUGCCUCCUGGCGCCCCCCAACACCAAGGAAUGUGUGGGAGCCACUUCAGGAGCUUCUGCCAACUUCCCUGGCACCUCGAGCAGCAGCACGCUGUCUCCCUUCCAGCAUGCCCAUAAAGAGCUCUCAGGCCAAGGACACCUGGCCACUGCCCUGAUCAUUGCGAUGUCCACCAUCUUCAUCAUGGCGAUCGCCAUCGUCCUCAUCAUCAUGUUCUACAUCCUGAAGACAAAGCCCUCUGCCCCAGGUGACGGCCCCCACGCGACGGUGCCCUGCCUCCUGGACUCUCCGUCAACUCCCCCUGUCGGAGAGCCUGCCUGCUCACUCCCUCCUCUCUCCCCAGCCUGCUGCACCAGCCACCCAGGGAAGAGUGUGGAGGCCCCAGUGAGCAAGGAUGAGGAGAAGAAAGAGGCCCCAGACAAUGUGGUGAUGUUCUCUGAGAAGGAUGAAUUUGAGAAGUUGACAGCAACUCCAGCAAAGCCCACCAAGAGCGAGAACGAUGCCUCGUCAGAGAAUGAGCAGUUGCUGAGCCGGAGCGUGGACAGUGAUGAGGAGCCCGCCCCUGACAAGCAGGGCUCCCCAGAGCUGUGCCUGCUGUCGCUGGUUCACCUGGCCAGGGAGAAGUCUGCCACCAGCAACAAGUCAGCCGGGAUUCAAAGCCGGAGGAAAAAGAUCCUGGAUGUGUAUGCCAAUGUCUGUGGAGUCGUAGAAGGUCUCAGCCCCACAGAGCUGCCAUUUGAUUGCCUCGAGAAGACUAGCCGAAUGCUCAGCUCCACGUACAACUCUGAGAAGGCUGUUGUGAAAACGUGGCGCCACCUCGCUGAGAGCUUCGGCCUGAAGAGGGAUGAGAUUGGGGGCAUGACAGACGGCAUGCAGCUCUUUGACCGCAUCAGCACAGCAGGUUAUAGCAUCCCUGAGCUGCUCACAAAACUGGUACAGAUUGAGCGGCUGGAUGCUGUGGAGUCCUUGUGUGCAGACAUACUGGAGUGGGUGGGGGUUGUGCCCCCUGCCUCCCAGCCACAUGCUGCAUCCUGAAAAGCAUGCUUGUGGGCUGUCCUGCCAGGGCAAGCCAAGGAUCUAACGAGGGCUCUGGAGCUGUGAGUGGUGCCAAAAACUUCGAAGAAUCAAGGGUUUUGUGAUAUGUCAUCCUAUGCCUUAGGAUGUUCAAGGAGGCAGACAAAAUGAGGCCUGUCUUUUAAUCUAACCAAAGAUAAAAGACUAGAUCUGGAAUACUUUCAGAUGCUUGCCUGUACUUCACGAGGCAGAGUCAAUAUCCACUCACUCAUUGCACAGUGAGACAAUGUUGAGAAUUCAAAUGAACCAAACCACGUGGGAAUGACAGAAGUGAAGAAUCUGGCCCCUGUUUUUAAGGAGUUUGCACUCCAGUAGAAGACAGAAGGAACAUAUGUUUACAAACCACUUCACUGGAAGACAUCAAACAAGCUGAAUGAAGGGGUGCUUGGAAAACGUAAUAGAAGUUUUCAGGGGGAGAUGACUCCCUACUGGGACGAUGAAGGAUGGCAUCCGAGUGAAGAAGCAGCUCAAACAUUUUGGUAAAAUAGCUACAAAAUGCAGACGCACUGUUCCAGGUAUUAUUUCAGGUUUCGUACAAGUCUGUUAAUAUCCUAUGUGGUUUCAUUAGGAUAACUUGACCUAUCCUUGAGGUCAUCCAUAUACUUACAGCCCUUCCAGUCAGUAAGAAGAGCUCACUCUAUACAAAACCAGUAUGCAGGGUGUGUGUGUGUCCAAGCAAGUGGAUACGUGCAGUAGCCAAUUUCAUUUACUGCGUGAGUCUUUGGCCUGGGAAACCUGUGGUUUGCAUUACACAUGAAUGGUCUUCCACUCUCAGCCUUAGGCAGAUUUGACCUUUUAGGCGCAGCAAUGCUUAAAAACACAGCAUUUUAUAUUAUGUGCCAGGCUGUGUUUUUGCUUCAAACAUGUAUGAGUAGUCAACUCUAAUUAGAAAGAGAAAUUACGAAUUCCUAAGAGUUCAGCCACACAUAAUGUUAGAUUUCAAGAGCAUCUGAGAUUAGUGGAUUAGCCUUAUGGUGUAAGAGUCUGAAACUCAGCCUUCUGAGCCAGUCAGGGGAAGUAGAGUCCUACGGUGCAAAUGAGAGCCUGGGCUUGGAGUCCGGGAAGCUGGGCUCUAGUUGUGUCACCUUAGCCUCAGCCUCAGUUUCUCUUCUGCAAAUGAGAUGUUAGUCAGUGAUUCUAUAAUCAGGGCAGGUGGCGUUCAGGUGAGCAAGAAGAAAGUGGAGCUGUAGGAAAUGCCAGGCCUUUGAGGUGCUCCAUAGAAGUGAAUACAGUGUGGGUUGUCCAUUCAAAUGGGAAUAAAAACAGAAAAACUCAGAAUUGGCAUUUUCACAGUAACUGCAAUGGUUUGACAUAACAUUUAUAGGCAGAAAGUUAAUAAACUGGCAUUGUUCUUGGCAAAUUCUCUUACUAUCCCUGUAACUGCCAAGAACUCAGGAGCCAGGAUAGUGAUCACGCCAGGGGUUAAUUUAGAGUUCACUGCUGAGCUCCCUGAUGGCAGGUCUGACUGUGUUUAUUACUAAAUUAAAACAAAGCCUCUGACUUAUAAAGCAAAGUUGUAAAAAUUACAAGUUGCAUGACUGAACAAAUGCUUUGGGGGGAAAAUCAGUCAUACCUUUAACACCAACAAGCAAUUUCCCGCCAACGAAUGUAGUACAUACUGUGAGAGGAUCAUAAUGAGGUCCUGAAUAUUUAAUUUCAUCAUUUACUGUGUCUGUUUGCUGCUGUUUUUUAGAACCUAUUUGGUUUAUCCUGCAAGCUAAAUACUCCACGGCAGAGCUUAAUUAUCCUGUUAAUUCCUCUUUGAAAUCCUGUGGUGCCCCCUUCCCCCUGCCUUGUGAUAAUGAUGAUGAGAGUCUCCCUUUAAUUAGACUGCAAAUGUCACUUGUGAUGAGUGUGCCGUUCCAGGAAAACAGCUUGCACCCUCCUCAGAAUGUUUUCAGUGAAGGAGCAGGGUGGCUGUUCUCUGCUCCUGGUGCUUUGGCCUCAUUUCACACUAUUAAUAUUCUGUGGCCAUACGGCCAGGCCAGCAUCAGCUCAUGUUCCAUUGGCUCUCCACCUGCCAUUUUUAGGGAGCUAUUCCUUAUGUAGGUACACAUUCCCUUGUCAUUUACUUAUUUGGAAACAAGGGAUUUACUCUCACAAGCUUCAGCCUAUGUUAUGGGAUUCAGAACAGUGAGAUCAUAAUAAUUCUCACUAACCAAAGCUGAGACUCCAUCCUGACAUUUUUGUGUGGAGAUAUUCAUUAUUUUGCAAUACUUUAAAACAUUUGGAAAACACCCCAGGGUAGGUCUGUGGCCCUUAGACAGUGAAGUCUUAAUUGUCAAUAUUUUUGUCUAAUUCUGUAUAUAUAUAUAACUUAUUAUAUUUUAUAAUCUCAAUAAACAUAUUGAUAA